CUCCACACCUUCCCCAAAUUGAAGCACAUACAAAUCCAUUAUCCAUAUUAUACAUACUUGCAUGGCAAAUCAAAUGGAUAGUGAAAUUGAGAGCGUUAACAUGAUUGAUAUCACAGUUGACGCACCAAGUUUUGUUUCAAAAGUGGACAGUGCCAUAAGGAGUGAGAGUGAGACUUGGUCAAAUUUGGGAGCAUCCCGCCUCCAUAGUUUUGCUUCUGUAGUGGACUGGGCUAUAAGGAGUAGCAGGACUGUGUCGAAUUUGGGAACAUCACCUGUCCCUAGUUUUGCUUCGGCAGAGGACAAUAAUGUGAUGAGGGCUGUUCCUGCACGAUUAUUCACCUGGGCUGAGCUUGUAGCAGCCACCAACAAUUUCUCAAUUCACAACCAGAUUGGUGCUGGCUGUUUCAGUGUUGUGUACAGAGGUAAACUUGUCGAUGGUCGAGAGGUUGCAAUCAAGACGGGUGGAACCUGGCCAAAGAGAGAGAGCAAAUUGACCUUGUUAUCCGGUUUACACCACAAGAACUUGAUUGGGCUGGUUGGAUUCUGUGAAACGAAUUAUGAAAGACUCAGUGUGUAUGAGUACAUGAAGAAUGGGUCCUUGUAUGAUCGUUUGCAUGACAAGGGUAGCAGUGUCUUGAAUUCGUGGAAAAUGAGGAUCAAAAUUGCUUUGGAUGCCUCUCGAGGAAUAGAAUAUCUUCAUAAUUAUGCAGAUUCCUUUAUUAUUCACGGAGAUAUCAAGUCUUCCAACAUUCUUCUUGAUGCCACCUGGACGGCAAGAGUAUCUGAUUUUGGAUGGAAGUUUAUGAGAAACAGACGACGAAUAAUUGAGAACACUGAUCCUGAGUACGUUAUUCGAGGUGCAUUGUCAGCAGAGAGUGAUGUGCAUGGGCUUGGAGUUGUACUGUUUGAACUUCUAACAGGAAAGAGACCUACAUUCGUGUACGGGGAAGAUGGAGGCACCCUAUUAAGUAGAAAGCAUUUGGUAGACUUUGCUGUGACUGCUAUUUCAAAUGGAUUUUUGGAGAAAAUUUUGGAUCAAAGGGCUGGACAACCCGAUGUGAAUGAAGCAGAAGCAGUAAAGUUAGUGGCUGAUACCGCUAUCCGUUGUGUGAAUUUGAAACUGAAAGAUAGACCAACCAUGGCUGACAUUGUAGUCAGAUUAGAGCGGGCUUUGGCUAUUUGUGAAUAUGAUAGCAUUUUCAGGGGUACCAUCUAUGAUGUUUCAGAAUGAUUUAUUAAGAAAACCAAUUAUAAUUAUUUCUUAUAUUAAGAAAAGCUGUUCUGCAACACUGCUAAACUGUAUUAUACAGCUGCAGUCCAUAUCACCCAAAGUUUACUUACUUUGAAGGGUUAUCCACAUGGUUUAUGUAAUAGCAAUGGUUUAUUAAUUAGGACACUUUCUUUUCAAAAAAAGCAUAUGUUGUACGAUGUUUUGUAUGUGUUUGUCAAGAAUUGAAAUCAAUAAUAUUAAAACUCUCUUUCUUUCUUCCUUGUUGUCAAGA